UUUUUUUUUAGGCCCCAAGUUUUCAGGCCUUGCAGGACAGAACAAACUACUCUGUGGCUACAAAGUGUAGAUGGAGGAGAGGAAGCGGAGGAGCACUUCGAGACACUAGAGCAGAGCACAGAGCUGCAGCUGCUUGUAUUGACUCAAGAAAAGGAGAGGAAGCACCUGCUCAAGUUGGUGUACGGGAUCUCUAUGGCAGAUUUACAGGAGUCAGAUAGGAUGACACCCACAAAAGAAAAUGGUGCUGAUGAUGCUGAGCAAACCUCCUUGAGGGCUGGCUGUUUAAAAAGGCUAAAACAAAUCCAUGCCCAGCUCCAGAGACAAAAUGGACAUGAGAAAAACUCAGAUGAAACCAGCAGUCAGAUCAAAAUGCAGAAUGAGGGGUCAGAGCCUCAGCUGGCAGACUGCACCCCACUACUCCUGAGACAUCUGCUGGAACUUCAGGAGGUCCAAGAUUUAGGGCUACUGGAAGUGCUCCUGCACCGGGAUUCAAAGGCUGCUCAAGCUUUUAGAGAACAGUAUGAAGCUGAAAUCAAAACAAAACGCUUCACCAACCUGCACAAUCUCUUAAUCUCAGAUGACCCUCUAACACUUGGCUCCAUGGGAGCUGAAAAUUACAAACACUUUGGACCUCAAACAUCUUGCACAGCUGAAGUUGAAAACAUCUGUGCAGGAUCAGUUCCAGCUACAAUGUCUGACUCAAUCAUUAGAGCCAGCGAGGAAUGUGUCGAAGUCCCAACAACUGAUGGUUCUGUUGAACAGGAAGUCUGCUCAGGUUGUGGGGCGGUUAUAGAGGAGCUGCCAUACCUGGAGAUCUUAUGUGUGCCAGAUGCACAGGUCAGGGCUCAUGUUCCAGAGGCUGGAGUCUGUAGGGAGGAAGAUGACAGUGAAACAAACAGCCAUCAGAGCUUUGAGAAACAGGGAUCCUUGAUCCCCCUUGCUUGGAGCAAACAAACGCAGGAUGAAACAGACUGUAUGGUAGUGGUUGGAGAUGAAGAAGCAGCACAGGGUCAGGACACCUUGGGCAGCAUAGGAAUCCUAGCCCAGUCCAACCCACUUGAAGAGAAGGCUCAGGAGAAAGAUGGUGAUGAGGCUUCAGCUCAGCACAAUAAUCCAAUCAUAGACCAACCAGAUGAAGUAGAAGUUGUAGCUGAAAAAGAUCCUGAAACCAUGCUGGAUGUCUGCCCACAUGUUUCAAAUGAUUCCUUUGAGUACAGUGAUGAAGGAGCAUCCGACCUCACCGCCAGCGGCAGCAGAGAGAUAACAGAGUCUGAGCUCUGGGAUUUCAGCCGAACAAAACUCUCCAACCAUGAGGAGAUAGAAUCCAGGGAGAAAAAAGAAGAAAUAAGACACCAAGCAGUGGAAAGAGAGAAAACAAUGCGCAACCUGGUGGACAUGCAAAGAAAGUUUGAACAGAGGCAUCAAAGAGACAAAGAGAGACAAAUGUUUAGGGUUCAGGAGCGUCUCUCCAUCAUCCAGAACAGAAAGGCGGAGGAGGAUCUACUUGGCCUCAAACACACAGAAAGGCUAAAGCAUCUGACACAAGACCUACCUCUGGAGGACAAGAUCCAGCAGAAGACUGUUGUUAGAGAGCGAUUAGAGCAGCUCAGAAGAGAGCGCUCCUACAUCAUGCAGUCAAAAAGAGACAGGAAUACGGCCGGAUUUAAGGAACUUCUAGCUCCUGUGGUCCUGCACACCAAAGAGACAGAAGAUGGAGCAAACUGAGAUACAAACAGUUUAAGUAGUUUGAUCCCAUUGUUGAUAAAAUCCUUUCUGUAGAACAUGGACAUUGCUUAGUUCUGUGAGAAACAAAAUUCUUCAGCUUUUUUUUUUUAUUAUUAACUUGCAUAUCAAUGAGUUGAAUGCAAAAUGUAGUUUUCUUAAGUGUUUCUACAGGAAAACCUAAUCAGAACCCACAUGGCCCUACAUGUUAAAGUUCCUCUUGACUUAAAAGCUGCCUUUGCCAUUAGUCUGUUAUAUCUUCAAAGAAAUGUUGGCCCUCUCCACCUUGUAGAGAUGUUUUCACCCACAUAAAGUGUUGGAGUAUGCUUU